CGGCGAUCUCCGUGAUCGCUGUCCUACGGACACAGCUGAUCACGAGAUGUGGUAAAAGGCCGAUCACAGCGGCCUUUUACCACAUGAUCAGCGGUGUCCAAUGACACGCUGAUCAGAGGGAAAUGCAAGUGCCGGGCACUGAUGAUCAGUGCCCUGAUGAUCGGUGCCCAGCAGUGCCACCCACAAGUUCCGCCCACCUGUGCCCAGCAGUGCGCCCACUAGCUCCGCCCACCAGUGCCCAGCAGUGCACCCACCUGUGCCCAGCAGUGCCCCCACCUGUGCCACUCUGCAGUGCCACCUACCUGUGCCCAGAAGUGCCACCUACAUGUGCCCACCAGUGUCCAGCAGUG